GAAUAAUUUUCACAGUCGACGUGUCCACACAACCAGACAACAAUCCAGGCAUGGCUUCGACUUGCCCAAAAGAGGUUCGAAAGCGCAGGCCUAUGCGGAGGUCGAGAUUUGGCUGCCGCAAUUGCAAGCUCAGAAAACUCAAGUGCGACGAAAGCAAACCACAGUGCAGCAGAUGUAGUUCAUUUGGAGUACGAUGCAACUUCAUGUCCAAUGUUCCAGAUCUGCAGCCCGUCGCCGACGACUCAUUAAGGUCAUUCGUCGCUCAAGAAAGAGCAGGGCCUCAAGCUCCUCUCACCAGUGCUGUCUGGACAUCUGACGCGUCAACAUCUUAUCAGUUGAAUGCAAGGUGUCAAGAUUUCAUAAUCCGCUACCUAGCACGAAGUCUCAUUACUCCAGAUGACGCGAAUAUGAUAAAAGUCAAUCGAAACCUCAUGACACUAGCCUUCACCCACCCUUUCUUGAUGCACGCCUCUCUAGCGGUGGCGCUUGCAUAUGACCGCCACCUGAAUAGCACAUCAAGCUGUCGUCGCAGUCUGGAAGAGUGUUAUCACUGGUCACAAGGCACAGCCCUCUUCAACAGACGGCUACGUGAGCCAAUUGACACAAAAGCCAAAGAUUCAAUAUGGGGCACCGCGGCCGCUCUGGCUGUCUUGAGCUUUUCGUCCCCUGAUGCGUGCACACCGGAAGAAUCGUGGCCCCUAAGACCUUCUGAUCCUUCUGACUUGGAAUGGUUGCGUAUGGGCAAGGGUAAAAUGUCACUGUGGCGCAUAGUCAACCCUCUACGACCGGAUAGUAUUUUUUGUGUCAUGGCGUCGACCUACGCUGAAAUGAACUCGCCCCUGCCAGAGAAAGGCAUCUAUGGCAUACCAAGGGCCUUGGCUAUCGCGUGUCAUCUUGAAGACUUGUCUACCGCAGAGAACAAUCCGUAUUUCAAUGCUGCACACGCGAUAUCCCAGAUCCAGCAUCUCCCGGAUAGCCAAGUCACAAUAGGUCAAACUGAAGUCUUCACACGCAACAUACAUGGUCCAUUCGAAUCCUUGCUGCGAGGAAAAGACCCUGUUGCACUAUUGUUGCUGUAUCUAUGGUAUCGCAAAGCAGGUCGUAGUAUGUGGUGGAUGGAGCUUAGGGCCAGGGUGGAAUGUCCUUCUAUAUGCUCGUACCUACAGCUACAUCACAAAGGAUACAGUGCUGUACAGGCAUUUCUUCCUGGAGGCCCUCUCGCUGAUAGAUGGAGUUAG